AUGGUUCCAGGAAGGGUCAUGAGCGCAGCUGGCUGCUCACAGUGCCGGGCUUCCAUACUAAGACUAUUCCUCGGUUCUGCAACUCCACUCGUCAGAUCGCCUCUCACCACCAGUGCAUCAUGGCGCACUGUCGUCCCAGCCGGCAAGAGUGCCCGUCCUUAUGCCACUGCAUCACAUUCGGAUGGUGCUACCGCCAGUAAAGAUCCUCAUCACGCCGCAUCUUCGACGGACAAUCUCGAAGCUGCAUCAGAGGAGCAGGCUUCAGAUCAGACACCCUCAACGACACAGGCUGACGAGCCCUGGUAUCUCCAAGUUGAGCCGCCACGACAUGUGCCUGUGUCUGAGCCGCCGCCAUUGCCUGAUGUGCCUGAGGGCUCACCCGCAGUCAUACCCCAACUGCUCAAGUAUGCCGCCGAGGAAAUGGGCCUGGAUGAUUUAAAGCUUCUUGAUUUGCGCGAACUCGACCCGCCACCAGCACUGGGCACAAACCUGUUCAUGCUAUUCGGCACAGCACGCAGUGAGAGGCACUUGAAUGUUUCCGCAGGUCGUCUGGUCAGGUGGCUGCGAGCCCAACACCGAAUCUACGCUGAUGCAGAUGGGCUUUUGGGUCCCAAUGAACGUAAAACCAAGCUCAGGCGCAAGGCCAAACGGGCACGACUGCUCGGCACCAUGGGAACAGAUGAUGCUGAUGAUGGCAUCACUACUGGGUGGAUCUGCGUCAACCUGGGUACUAUCAACCGCUCGCACAUGGAAUCUGCUGUCGUUGGCGAGGACGGGCGUGUUGCUGGUUUCGGUGUUCCUCAGACAGGCUCCACCAUUGUGGUGCAAGUUCUUACCGAGUCGAGGCGAAGUGAGCUCGGCUUAGAGAUCCUCUGGGAGCGACACCUAGCCCAGCAAUCUAAGAAACAUAUGAAAGAACUUGAAUCCGGCAAGGACGUCGACUCUCAGACACCAGAGAAUCCCGCUCUGUCGCAUGCGCCAUCUCGACCUACCAUGGGAACCUCUCCCUCGACCAGUUCUCCAUUUUCGGGUCAGACCCGAUCAUACUCUACUCAGACUACAUACGUGGAUAGUCGUCACAAUGUACCAACUACAUCUCAAGUCGACGAGCUACACGCCUUCUUGACUGGUAGCAUUGGUUCCAAUGAGGCCACUAGGCAAGGCUCGGAUGAGGCAGCCGGCUUGCAAGCUGCUGCCCUAUUUUCGGAAAGCUUGAGCCACGACAGCGCUGCGAAGACACGAAUGAUAGAGCUUCUGAACAUGCAUCUGCAAAAUUUACCACGAAACCAGAUUUUCGCAACUUUCAAGACUACGCCCUUUCUCAAAGUGUCUGAAGUUGCCAUGCACGAUAUGCCAGCCGACAAGACUUGGGCAUUGCGGCUGAGUAUUCAGGCAAAAGCUCGCCAGCUGGGUUUCGAGGGUUACAAAUCUCUAGGUCUUCAUAAGUACGGAAACCUAGAUGGGACGAGAGAGCUGAUUGACCAACUCCGCAUUUUUGCACUUCCCGCGACAAGAGAAGAAAUGCAGCAGCUUCUUAGUUGCAUUUAUAACUCCCCAGAAUCAGGGCUGGAUGAGCAGAACAGCCUCGCCAUGGAGCUUCUGGAGUCUGUUCACAUGCGCGGCGAGUCAGUCAUUCAGAAUGAUGUUGUCGUCGCCAUUGUGGAAGGAAUAUCGUGGUCCCCCAAGCGUAAUACACAAACACAUGACCUUCUGAGAAGACUGGACGACUUCAUUGUCCAGGCGGAGCUGCCCUACAUGGGAGAGCCCUUGCUGAUCAGACUCAUGGAAGCAUAUGCCCGACUCAAGCGUUGGGAUUCAUUCUGGGAAACUUGGCGCACCCCAGCCCGAUAUGCUCAGCCUCGAUCCAAAACGAUGUACCUCCAUUUCUUUGAGGCCGGAGCUGCCACCAAGGACCGCUCGAGCUGUUCUCAGGUUCUACGCCAAGGCUUUCAAGACAUGUUCAUGGAAGAUCCCGUGGUCGAGCCUGUGGGGCAAAUUUAUGAAGCAAUUCUCCAGUGCAUUCGUGUGGCAGAUCCAAAAGCCGAACUGCACGCCGCUACAAUUCCAGACCAUGCAAUAGGCAUCGCUCAAGCUUUGUCCCAGAGAGAGUUUGUGAAAAUGAUCAAGGACCUGCAAAUCCUGCAAGCAAACCAUCCGCGCUCGCAAUCAUUUUGA